GGCACGGAAAGCGAAAAUGACUCUUAAGUUUCGUUUUCCUGACGGCAGCUGAUUCUGUCAGAUAUAAAUAACGCGUCAAUCUGCAGAGCGUCAUUCAGAGGAGCAGCGCUGCGUUUUCUCCUGAUCUCCAGAAAAUAAAGCAAAAAUGAGCAAACCGACAGAAUGGACUCCAUCUGUAUGGCUGGACAUAUUUGAUGAAAUCCUUUAUGAUGACAAUGAGCUGGACUACGGAGACGAGUGGAAUCUAAACUUUAACUACAACCAAACAAGUGAAAUCACCAAAGAAGAGAGGAAGAGAGGCUGGAAAGUGUAUUCCCAUUGUGCCUUUGCAAGGUUCCAGUGCGAAAAUUGUCGUAAGAUCUGGCCUUCGGCUCGAGUGGUGGUGCUGUUCCGCUACCGGGUGAGAAAUGGCCGGGGUACGGUGAUCAUGCGACCUUUUGGUCAAGCUUGUCGUCGUUGCCAGGACGCGCCAUUUGAACUUCCAGGUUUCACCAGGAAAGAAGUGGAACAGGCUUUGCUCAGGCUUUUUUCCAAAAUCCGUAAAAAUUGCUACGGGGAGGAGGAAAGCGACGAAGCUUCUUCAACAUCCUCUGCUAAAGUGUGGACCAAGCCCCACGAGGCAGAUCUGUGUGAGGCCUGCCGUCAGGGCAUUUGCUGUCUGGACGAUGAGUGAAGGAGAGACAUCCCAUCUUUCUCGUUUUUGGCAGACCUUAUCCUGAACAUUUUGAGGUUGUAAAUAUGUUUGUCAGAUGAAGUUUGACCUGUUUCUGGGAACAAAAAUCAGCUUUUGUAAGAUUAUAAACUUGUGCAUUUUUGGUAAAAAUGUAUAUUUCACCUGAUUUUAUAACGAUCUAUACUUUUAUUAUUCAAUUAAGGUAAUCUAAAUAUAUCUGUUCAAGUGGAAUUUUAUUGCUUUUUUUGUCAGAUGUUCCACAAAGUUUGAUUAUGUUGGCAAUGGGGAUGUUUUAACAAAAAAGUUUUGGAUAUUUGUCUGCUGUUAAUUCCUCACAUUGUAAAGAGAUUUAUUAUAUUUAGAUAUAUUUUCUAAUAUCUCAUUUAUGAAACCAAUACUUACAGUGGUUAAGGUACAUAUAUGUUAGAAUAGGGUGAAGUAUUUCCUGUCCUGUUUACUGUAUGUUCACUUAACCUGGCACAAGCUCAGCAGAUGGAAAAUACCAAUAGAAUCAGGAUGUUUGUGUAAAAAUAAAAAUCUAAGCCCUGUA